UCUCUUGUCCACUAUAAAUUAGAACUCCACCUUCGAAACUUGCCAACAGUUUUUCUGACAAUGGCUGUUGUUCACUUCCUUUCUUCCAACGCCGGCUAACCCCAAGAAAGGAAAAAAAAAAUUAACGCGAACCCUAAUUUUUAUGACUCCAAAAUAAAAUCUUCAGUUCUUCAAAUCCCUGAUUUUUAAUUCUACUUUUUGUUGGUGACUCGAUGAGCAGUGACUCGGCAACCUCGCUAGCUCCUGGGUUCCGGUUCCACCCGACGGAUGAAGAACUCGUUCGUUACUAUCUGAAACGCAAAAUCUUGAACAAGCCUUUCUUUGACGCAAUCUCUGUUAUCGAUAUUUACAGAUCCGAGCCUUGGGAUCUCCCUGAUAAGUCAAAGCUGAAGAGCAGGGACUUGGAGUGGUACUUCUUCAGUGCACUGGACAAGAAAUAUGGGAACGGGUGGAGGACCAAUAGGGCAACUGAAAGAGGUUACUGGAAGACAACUGGCAAGGACCGUCCAAUCCGCCAUAGUGAAAGAGUUGUUGGCAUGAAGAAAACCCUUGUUUAUCACAAAGGCCGUGCCCCACGUGGUGAAAGGACUAAUUGGGUAAUGCACGAGUAUCGCCUUACUGAUGAGGCAUUGGAGAAAGCUGAGAUUCAACAAGAUGCUUUUGUAUUGUGUAGGGUGUUUCAAAAGAGUGGGUCUGGGCCAAAGAACGGGGAACAGUAUGGGGCUCCUUUUAUUGAAGAAGAGUGGGAGGCUGAUGAGGCAGUUUUUGUGCCUGGCCAACAUGCUGUGGCAGUGUAUGGAGAGGUUGCUAAUGAUGGUGCUUUUGUUGAAGUGAAUGAUAUUGACCAGAAUCCUGAUGUUGGCAAUCCUGCUGAAAAUGCUAUCCGUCCAUUGAACUUCUAUCAUGGGGAAUCAAGCAACCAUGUUGAAUAUUCAAGGGAGUUCAGUCAAGACAAUCAAAAGCCACCUGACAACAUGUCCGAGAAUGCAAUUCUCCCUUCCAACUUCUAUUAUGGGGAAUCAAGCAACCAUGCUGAUCAUUCAAGGGAGUUCAGUGAAGAUUAUUUGAAGCCUACUGCCAUGCUUGCCACUGAAAGUGAUUCAAAGGUGCAUCAUGACCAUAUGGUCUCUAAUUUACCUGAUCCAAAUGAGAUAGCUGCAAAUGCAAAACCAGUGAAGGAUGAUUAUUUGCUUGAACCAAUUGAAAACAUCAAUCCUGCAGACAACAACUAUUUGCCCAAAGAGCCAUACCCGGAUGUUAAUGAUUAUCUUCCAACCAAUUAUGAACCUUUCCUGGAAGCUAAUGAUCUUUCAAACCCCAUUUACACAGAAUCUGAACUUUUUGACCCUGAUGAGUAUCUUAAAUUUGAUGAUGCUGUUGAGCUGCCUCCGGCUUUUGAUUUUGAUCAAAUGGCAGGGAGUAAUAUACCUGUUUCUGGCCAAGAACCUCUUGCCCAAACGCAUUCAAAUGAAGGAACUGAACAAGUGUCUAAUGCAAGUGAACGUAAGGAAGAGCAUGGCAACGGUGAUGCCUCCUCUUCAAAGCAAGAGCUGGAGGCCACAAAAUUUGAACCUGGUACCAAUUAUCCAUUUAUUAAAAAGGCCAGUCAGAUGUUGGGUAGCUUUCCUGCUCCUCCUGCAUUUGCCUCUGAGUUCCCUUCAAAAGAUGCAGCUCUCAAGCUAAAUUCUUUAACACAUGCUUCCAGUUCUGUUCAUGUAACGGCUGGCAUGAUAAGAAUACCAAACAUGACUUCAUCUGGCAAUCGGUUGGACUGGUCAUACAGCAAAAAUGGGAAUGUCAACCUUGUUCUUUCAUUUAGCUUGCCACAAGGUGAUAUUAACUCUUCCAGCUUUCUGCCAAUGGCUAGGCUACUCUCUGGCAAGACAGGGUCUGUUGUUUCAAGAGGGUGGUUCGUCAUGAUGUUAUUUUUCGUCCUGAUUAUUUCUGUGAGUCUGAAGUUUGGGACCUGUAUCUAUACAAGGUAACAGAUACUCAGUAGGGUUGGCUAUGAUUCACCCAACAAAUCGAUUGAUCACAAAAUGUUGGGUAAUGUUUUAGUUACCCUUGUAGGUUGAAUAGGAUGGCAGGCUAAUGUUGGUGGUUAAUUUAUUUUCUUGUUUUAUGAUGAUUGCCAAAAUAAUAACCAACACCUUUAUUAUUUCAUUGUAGUCUACAUCAUACAAGGACAAAACUCUGGGUCUGUAAGCUGUCAUGCAGCAAUUACUUGGUUGCAUCUUGUCUCAGAUACCUUUUUUAAACAGUUGGACUUUCUGGAAUUCUAUUUUCGAAUUUGUUAUGUUUAAGUAAAUUUAAAGCCGUUUUACAUUUUUCUAA